AUGGCUUCAGCGUACUAUGAGUUUUACCGAGGGUCAUCAAUUGGAAUGGCCCUGACAGACUCGCUGGACGAGCUUAUCACGAGUGGUGCUAUCACACCACAAUUGGCCAUGAAAGUCCUUCAACAGUUUGACAAGUCGCUUGCGGACACGAUGGUCAAGCAGGUGAAAACUAAGACUACCCUCAAGGGCAACCUCCGGACAUACCGUUUGUGCGAUGAUGUGUGGACGUUUAUCGUAAAAAACCCGUCCUUCAAGAUGGAGUCGAACGAAAUGGUUUCAGCGCCUCGCAUAAAAAUAAUUGCAUGUAAAAAUGGAGAUGCCAUUGAAGCAGGGAAGAAGUAG